AUGGGCAAAAACUCACAGGAAUGUGUUUCAGAACAAUACACAACAUUAGGAAACGCAACUGAACGCACUUUCUCAAUGGAAUGCCCAGUUCCAAGUGAUGCCACAGGAACUAUUCAAGUUACAUUCUUUGGCUUAGAUUCAAUGGGUUCUAAACUUGGUUUACAGAAACUCGAUUUAACUGUAAAGUCACAGAUCUCUUAUUCCACAUUAGAAAAACCAACUGCCACUACAUUCUCUAAUGACGAAAGCUUAUCUUUCAAGUUCAACAUCAAUGAUAAUUCAAAUGGCUAUGUUAAGAUCAUUGUUGAUGACACAGAACGUGAAAAUCCAGAAUUCCGCGCAGAAGGAAAGACAUCAGUUGAAUUCCCUUAUUCAUUGACAGUUAACAGUGCUAACAAGCUCGAAUAUUCAUCAGGUAAGCAGCAUACCCUUGUUGCAAAGUUCUAUGAUGGAUAUGGAAACAAGGCCGAUCAAGAUUUCUCAUUCUCCUUCUAUGUCCUCAACACUCCAAUCUUUUCCACAGUUGAUAUAACAUCAAAACAAGUUGAACCAGGUCAGUCUCACAAUUUUGUGUUAAAUGUAAGAGACUAUGAUAAAGGAAAGAUGUUAUAUGGUAUGGUAAAGAUCGGAGAUAGCUGGAGAUCUGUUGGAUCUAUUCAAUCUAAUGGUGACCUAAUUCAAAUUCCUUGCACACUUGAGAUUACAAAAACUGGAAAAUACACUUAUCCAAUUUGCGUCUCAAGCAAUCAAAAUGUUGCUCAAGCAAGUAAUAAAGAAAGGACACAAGAAGUUGAACAAGAAUUCGUUGUUACUCAACUCCCACGUCUUCAAUUAACUGUUACCGGAUACGAUGAAAAGAUCUUCAACAAGACAGAAUCAAUUCCACUCCAAUUAGAAAUAUUUGAUGACGGACAUGGUACAAUUUCAUAUACAUUAGGUUCAAAAUCAAUCUCUUUGCCAGAUGCUGAUACAAAGUAUGAAGUUCCAUCCGGAAAGACAUCCGUUACUAAAACAGUUAAUAUCCCACUUUCUGGCAUAGAUGUCUAUUAUAGAGCUAGCGCUUUCACCAUCGAUGUCAUAGUUACUGAUGAUACCGGAACAACAUCUGAAAAGAAAUCAUAUUCAUUCAAUAUUAAGAACGCUCCAAAGUUAAUAUCUGCAACACCAAACAAAUAUCAAUUUAAAGAUACUGAAAGUGAUAUAAUAAUCUAUACAACAAUCGAAGACAUUGAUUAUCCUAAGCCAUUAACAUUAUUAGUUCAAGAAGGAUCAUCUAGUCCAAAAUUAUUUGAUAUGCAAAAUCCAAAACGUCAGCCAACAUAUAUAAACAGUCAAGUAACAUUCACAACACCAUCAAUUUCUAUUUCAUCUCCUAAUGGUGCGAAUAUCCCUAUAACUGUUUGGGUUGAAGAUGAUUUGGAUGAAGGUUACGAUUCAAGAUUCGGUGAAUCUAACAAGAUUACAUUUUAUGUAAACAAGUCAAGUACUCCUUACGUUAGAUCAGCUUCAUUCCCUAAUGAUAACAAUUUCAGAAAAGAUGCAGAUUUUUAUCUUAGAGCUACCGUCAUGGAUGAUACAAAUGGCAGACUCAUGAUCACAGUUGACGGUAAUGAAUUACCAGUUCACGUUCCUUAUUCAUCUGUUGAGGGUGUAGCAAAUGUUGAUACAUCAUUUUCUCUCAAAGGUGUCCCAGUUGGUGAUGAUCACAAGAUGGUUGUAAUGGCUGUCGAUGAAUUUGGCUUUUAUGCAUCUUCACCAAAAUAUACAAGAUCAUUUUCCUUUAAUGCUAAGGAGCCAAUGGAAUUGUCAAAUAUGAGAUUAAGUAAGGAAACUGCUGAAAAUGAUGACACAGUCACUGUUUCAGGACAUGUCAAAGAUCCCGCUGGAAAAACAUCAGUUUAUAUUAUACAAAAGAUUGACGAAACAUCACCAGUUACACUUGGAAGUGUCACAUUAUCAGGUGGAGAGAGUGAUUUCACUUACAAUCUCAAGAACUUGAAUAACUUCCUCUCUGGAGAACACAAUAUUUCCAUUAUUGCAUCAUAUUAUGAUCCAUUGAGUCCCUACAAGUCAAUUGCAUAUUCAGAACCAUAUGUUCUUAAAUUAACACUCUCUAAUGAUCCAGAAUUUGUUGUUAGCUGGCCAUCAGAUUUAUUAACAGCUUAUUCUACUGUUAAGUUCACAUCAACAGUUACAAAGCAAGAUUUGGCACUUAAGUAUACAUUUACAGUUAAGAAUAUAUCAACUGGUGCCACAAAGACUAUCCUUCAAGAUACAACAUUCUCAAAGGAUGUUACGAAAGAAUUUACAUAUAAUACAGAACUAUUUAUUGGAAAGGCCGAAUUCGCUGUUACAGCAACAACAACAGCUGGAAAAUACAUAACACAAAAAUUCAUAUGCGUUAUUAAAGAUAGAUUUGUUUUCAAGACAUCAUCAACAGAAAUCUAUGGAUCAAAGAAAUACACAACACCCGGAGGAAAAGUUGAAAUUGGUUUCGAAUACUGGAGAUAUUAUCAUGAAUCAUAUACAUCAAAGUAUUACCUCUACUAUGAACUUAACGGUGUUGUUAAUUACAAGUCAUUUACAAAGCAAUAUAAAGGUUUGAAUAGUGAAUUCUUAGAGUUCACUGUUCCAGAUGCAACACCAUCAGGAAAACACCAACUCACAUACUGGAUUCAGGAAUACGUUGGUGAUUAUAACAGUAAUAUACCAACAGCUGUUUCCGAUAAAGAAACAUUUGCUCUUCCAGUUACAAAACAAGCAUCUCUUUUACCACAGUGGCCAUCUGAUUCCGAUCAGAGCAGCACUGAAUCAUUCAUAGUUAAAAUUACAGUAACAGAUGACUCCUAUGGCACAUUAUACUUCCAACUUGAUGAUGUAACAACACCAUUUGAUUCCAUGCCAUAUAAACAGUCUGAUGUUGGAAAACAAUUAACGAAGUCUCUUACAUUAACAACAGCCAAAUACGGAAAGCACAAAGUAUAUGUUUAUGCAAUUGAUGAAUAUGGCGAGAGAUCAUUACCUUGCGACGAUUAUGACGUAUUUGUUAGAAAUACUCCACAAAUAUUAGAUGUUGAAUUCAGUGAUAGCUAUACACUUAUAGGUGACCAAGCUUGGUUCGACGCAAAACUUACAGAUAAAGACCAAGGUAAGAAGAUUUACUGGUUUGCAAUAAUGAAUGGCAAUAAGUACAGAUUGGAUGAAGAUGAUCCUACAAUUUCAGUAGGUUCAUCACAGAGUAUUUCCAAGUAUAUCCAAAUCCCAGAAAACGCUCAAACAGGUACUUUUACAAUCACAAUUUAUUGCUCUGACAUAAAGACUGGUGACCUUCCAUCAAAUAUGAACAAUGCUGAAUCCAAUCAUGUUGAACUUUCACAUAAAAUUACUUUCCGCCCAGAAGCUGUCAUUAACUCAAUUAACAAGUAUGAAUUCUCUGACGGAGAUCAAUGCAUAAUUUAUGGUGUAAUCAAAGGUGAUGGUGAUGUUAAAGUUACACCAUAUAUCGGCGGUAAAUCAUUUAAGAAUGAUGCCAAGACAAUUUCUUGCACAAGUCAAUUCAAACAGUUCUCAAUUUCAUUCACAGUUUCCAAAUCUAUAGCUAACUACAACACAUACGGACAAACUGUUUAUGUUUCUCUUCUUGGCGUUAAUAAUGUUGCAUCUAAUCCAUACAGGAUCAGUUAUGACACCAAAUCAGUAGUAUAUAAGAACAAACCAGUAAUUAAUUCAGUUACACUUGAUACAGAGGACAUCGUGAUUGGUCAAACAGUUUCAAUUACUAUCUCAUAUGAUGAUAUCGAUACUACAAAGUAUGUUUUCUUCUAUGCUUAUCUUGACAAAGGAAACACACCACAACUUAUUGGAAAGACAGAUGGUUAUUAUUCCACAGGAAGAACAGGACAAUCAGUUAAAGAUCUCAAUUUCAAAGUUAGUACAACAUUUGGUGACCACAAAUUAUACGUCAUUGCUUCUGAUAGAGAUCAUUUCGAUGAAGUUGUUUCAACUCUUGAUAACUCCGAACCAUUGGAGAAAUCUAUCUAUGUAACAUAUGCUCCACAAAUGCUUGUUACUAAACUUACAGAAAAAGAAUACUUCACACCAGAUCAAUUAAUCGAGUUCAGUGUUGAUGCCAUGGAUGACAAGACUGCAAACGUUAAUGUUUACAUUGAUGAUAGUUCUGAACCAGCUCAGGUAGUUGAAUUCGUUUCCAACAAUCAGCAGCUUAAUAAGAACAUCAAAGUUGAUAUUUCUUCUCUCAAAUACAGUAACAACAAGCAACACCAUAUCCAAUUGGCUAUUGUUGAUGACAACAAGAAGCCAGGCCAACCAUUUGAUUUCUACUUCUAUGUCAGAACUAAACCAGUUAUUAGAGAAGUUAUUGCUGAAAAGAAUGUUGCUUUGAGAGAUGAUUUCAUCAAUAUCAAAGUCAAGUAUUUCGAUGCCGAUGAUGGCAAAGAACUUUACUUCUUCUACAGAAUAGAAGGUGAGUCUGAUAAAUAUAAGGAAAGAUUCACAUCUCAUAAUACCGAAAACACAUUAAGUACACAAGUCAGAAUUGAAAAGUCAAUUCCAAAGGGCCAGAAGAAAGUUUACUGCUACAUCACUGAUGAUCAAAACUUCAAAUCCGAAGAAGUUCCAUUUGAUUUACUCAUCACAGACAGCCCAGUUCUUUCAUUGACAACACCAUCAAAUACAGUUUAUCAGGAUGGUGAAAGCAUCAGUUUCUCUGGUGAAAUCGAAUCACAAUAUGAUGUAACAUUACAUUUCAAGAUUGAUGAAGUUGAACUUGAAACAACACAGAAAGUCCAGAUUAAGUCCAACCCACAGAAGUUCGAUGCAAAGGUUCCACUCCCAGCACAAUUCGUUUAUGGUGAUUACACACUUUACGUCUAUGGAGUUGAUGCAAACGGAAUUUUGACAACAAUCAAAUUAUUCAAGUUCCAAGUCAGAAAUGCACCAAAGAUUUCUGAGGUUAAGCUCAGUACAAACCAGACAUUCCCAGGAAAGACACUCUCAAUUUCAGGUUUAGUUAAAGAUAAUGAUAUCGGAAACUCAAUCGAUAUCAAGUAUUCUCUUGAUGAUGCUCCAGAUGUUAAGGUCCAAACACUUCUUUCUGAUGCAACAGAACAGAAGUUCUUCUUCGAGAUUACACUCGCAGAAAAGAUCGCAUUUGGAGAACACAAGGUCGUAGUUUAUGCUAUUGAUGAUGAUAACUACAAGUCUGAAGAGAUAAAUCUUCUCUUCAAGGUUUAUGAUCCAUCAAAGCCAAUCGAAGAACAAGAAGACAAUAAACAGGAUUCUAAUAAUACAACCGGCAAGAAGAAGACAAAUGCAACAUUAAUUGCAUUAGUUGUUGUAUUCAGCUGCGUCCUUAUUGCAUUGGUUAUUGUUGCUGUCAUUCUCUGGAAGAAGAAAUCCGGAUCAAGAGCAACAAACAACGCUCCAUCUUCUGAUCAGGAAGAUGAUCUCCAGGUUGCAGAAGAAACAAUGACAAAUACAACAACUACACAACAAGAAGUUGCAACAACAGAUAAUCCAUUAUUCGUUGAAGAUAAUUCUGAUCCAUUCAAAGAUGAAUUCGAAGAAGAAUCAAUCGAUUCUGUUAAUGCUUAA